AGAGCGCGGGAGGAGAAAAGAACGCUCGCGUCUCGCUCAGCGGGUCCCCCCUCCCGCCCCGGUUCUGGGUUCAGGGUGAGCCGUUGAGCGAAGGGCCCGCGCGCCGCCCCGAGACUUGAGGGAGGGGGAAAAAUAAGAAAAGUAAUAAUAGAUAUUAUAAUAAUAAUAAUAAUUCCAGAACGAAGACAAGCCAGGUCGUGGGCGGUCGAAGUGGAGGGACGGGGACGACUUUUCCUCCCCCCUCAGAGAAAGCGCGACGCCGAAGCGACGAAUAUUCCACACCUUUACCAGAUUUGAGAAAGAAAAGAGAGGAUUAUUUUAGCCAACCGGUUUACUGGGAUGAUGUUUGAUCUCUUGUAUAUGAUGUUGUUGUCGUUAUAAAGUUUAUACUUCUUCCAUCCUUGGGGAUAGAAAGGUUCCAUUUUAGCUGGGCAGAAUUCUUAUAAUGCAGAGAAUAGCAAAAAUGGCUCAGGCAGCGAUGGCGGCAGCAUCCAGCCACGAGGAGGACUCCUCCGAAAGCCGAAUGGUUGUAACCUUCCUCAUGUCAGCCCUUGAGUCCAUGUGCAAGGAGCUUGCCAAGUCUAAGGCAGAAGUUGCCUGUAUUGCUGUGUAUGAAACAGAUGUGUUUGUCGUGGGCACUGAAAGAGGAAGAGCCUUUGUCAACACAAGGAAAGAUUUUCAGAAGGAUUUUGUGAAGUACUGUGUUAACGAAGAGGCAAAGGCUGCAGAACUGCAGAAAUUAAAAUCGACCUCACUUGAUAACAGGAUGACAGUAGAUGUUGUGGAAAUGGAAGCCCUCAAGAAAUCUGUGGAGGACUACUUCUGCAUUUGUUAUGGUAAAGCUUUAGGAAAAUCAACGGUUGUUCCUGUGCCAUAUGAUAAGAUUCUAAGGGAUCCAUCUGCUGUGAUGGUGCAUGGCCUCCCAGAAGGACUUGCAUUUAAGCAACCCUCCGGCUAUGACGCCUCGACACUGAAGUGGAUUCUGGAAAAUAAAUCUGGGAUCUCAUUUGUCAUCAAAAGGCCUUUCCUUGAGCCAAAGAAACAUCUAGGACCUCGCAUGGGAGACAUCUCCCACACAAUAACGUCAUCAGGUGGAAGUUGUACUCCCAUCCAGGUGAAAACUGAGCCCGGUGAAGAUUCUGGACUCGAAAUGGUAACAGUAAAGGAAGAAUCGGAGGACCCAGACUAUUAUCAGUUUAAUAUUCCAGCAGGUCCUUCCGAAACUUCGGCGAUUGAUGAGAAAAUCGCCAUGGCAAAGUCUUACACAGGGAGCAACCAGGGUUCCGAUUGCAGUGAAGGAACAGAUGUGGAAUUGCCAGUAGAAGAUUCUUCUCAACAUGCCACUUCUGAAACAAGUGAGGAUCCUGAAGUGGAAGUGACCAUUGAAGAUGAUGACGACUACUUACCGCCCCAUAAGAAAACCAAGAGUGUGGAACCACCUCCUGAUGUUGCCAAUGCUGGAAGGAGAAAAGCCCGAGAGUUCAAUUUUGAGAAGUGGAAUGCCCGAAUUACAGACUUGAGAAAACAAGUUGAAGAGUUGUUUGAAAGAAAAUAUGCUGAAGCUAUUAAUUCAAAAGGCCCUGUGUCUAUACCGUAUCCACUCUUCCAGUCCCAUGUUGAAGACUUGUACGUGGAAGGGCUACCAGAAGGAAUUCCCUUCCGAAGACCCUCCACUUAUGGCAUCCCUCGCCUCGAAAGGAUCCUACUGGCCAAGGAACGAAUACGAUUUGUGAUUAAGAAGCAUGAGCUGCUAAAUUCAACUCGAGAAGAUCUCCCGUUAGACAAGCCUGUGGCAGGAGUAAAAGAAGAGUGGUAUGCUCGAAUCACCAAACUACGAAAAAUGGUGGAUCAGUUAUUCUGCCGAAAGUUUGCUGAGGCACUGGGGAGCACUGAACCAAAAGCAGUUCCUUAUCAGAAAUUUGAGGCGCACCCCACUCAUCUUUAUGUCGAGGGCCUGCCAGAGAACAUUCCUUUUCGGAGCCCGUCCUGGUAUGGUAUUCCUCGUCUGGAGAAGAUCCUUCAAGUGGGCAACCGGAUAAAAUUUGUAAUAAAAAAACCAGAACUGCUCACUGUCACUCCAUCAGAUGUUUCGCAGCCGAGAACAAACAUGCCUGUCAAAGAAGAUUGGAAUGUCAGAAUCACAAAACUGAGGAAGCAAGUAGAAGAGAUAUUUAAUUUGAAAUUCGGGCAAGCCUUGGGUCUCAGUGAAGGAGUGAAGGUUCCUUAUCCUGUCUUUGAGUCAAACCCGGAAAACCUGUACGUCGAAGGUUUGCCCGAAGGCAUCCCCUUUCGAAGUCCCACGUGGUUUGGGAUCCCACGCCUGGAAAGGAUUGUCCGUGGGAGUGGAAAAAUCAAAUUUGUGGUGAAAAAGCCAGAACUCGUCACUUCAUACUUGCCUCCUGGAUUGGCUAGUAAGGUGAACACUUCAGGAGCCCAAAGCCCAGAAGUAUCAAGUCCUGUAAGCAACUCCAAGAUUCCAGAAAUUGAAGUUACUGUAGAUGAAGGUCUUGCUACCAAGACACAAGCCCCUGAAGUCAAAACUAAUCCUCAAACCAAUGGCUCCAAUGUUGGUUUCAAGCCCAGAGGAAGAGAGUUUUCUUUUGAGGCCUGGAAUGCCAAAAUUACCGACUUGAAACAAAAAGUUGAAAACCUGUUUAAUGAAAAAUGUGGGGAAGCUCUCGGCCUGACAGAGCAUGUGAAAGUCCCUUUUGCACUCUUUGAAUCUUACCCUGAAGAUUUCUACGUCGAAGGCCUGCCAGAGGGAGUGCCGUUCCGGCGCCCAUCUACAUUCGGCAUUCCAAGAUUGGAAAAGAUCCUCAGAAACAAAGCUAAGAUAAAAUUUAUCAUUAAAAAGCCGGAAAUGUUCGAGGCAGCAAUUAAAGAAAACGCCACCCCAGUUCCAAGCCCUCAAAGAAAAACCAGUUUAUCUAAUACUGUGAUAAAUCCAGUCAGUGUGCCCGACCCAGUGGUGAACACAGCAGCUGGAGUGGAAGAUCUUAACAUCAUUCAAGUGACAAUACCAGAUGACGACGAGAGAACUUCCAAAGUAGAGAAGGCCCGGCAGCUGAGAGAGCAAGUGAACGAGCUCUUCAGUCGGAAGUUUGGGGAAGCCAUUGGCAUGGGUUACCCAGUGAAAGUCCCAUACCGAAAAAUCACUGUCAACCCUGGCUGCGUAGUGGUGGAUGGAAUGCCCCCCGGCGUGUCGUUCAAAGCUCCCAGCUAUCUUGAAAUCAGUUCCAUGAGGAAGAUUUUGGAUUCAGCAGAGUUCAUAAAAUUUACUGUCAUAAGACCAUUUCCUGGACUUGUGAUGAAUAACCAGCCUACUGAGAAAGCUGAACCGGAAGCACCAGCUGCAGCUGCGCCAGUCCCAGAGCCGGUGGUGCAAGAGCCAGUUGAACCAGACCAAAUAGUACAAGUUUCUGUGGAGGAUGAUUCGGCACAGACUGAAGAAAACGCUCCAAUAAAACAGGAACCAGAUCCAACGUGGUAGACAGCCACUGGCAUUAGGGUAAAAGGAAUAGCCAUAAAGGAAAUGGAGCAGUGGGUGGUGUUGAGAUGCAUCUUUUUAGAUAAAAGACCGAUCUUAAAUCACAGCGAAUAUAGAGUUUAUUCCAUUAUAUAUUGGCCUGUAACAACGUAGAUUGUUUAACUCGGUGGUUAUUCCUCUUGUGGUCUUUGGGUUGCGGUUAUCUCCCCACAGGUCAUUUUUGUUUAAUUUUUAGCCCGGCUGAACUGUUUUGAUUAAUUCUGUGGUUCUUAACCUUACAUCAUCAAAUUCUCCCCUCCCCUCAACCAUAAGUUUUAAAACUUAUGACUUUAAAACAGCAUAGCAACUUUAUGUAGUUUAAUUUAUGAUAUAUUUACAUGAUAUGUCAAUCUCAGGCCUAUGUUCAAAAUGAGAACCUUGUACCCAAUGGCCACCUGCUGACUUCCUCAUAUUAGUUCAGAUUCUUCUUUCCCUUGCACCACCUUUUUAUGGGCUUUUGAGAGAAAUCUGUAACCUGAGAUGAACAGUAUAAAAACCAACUUUCAGGUGUGGACGCCAGAAGCCAUGGCAAAUGAAGAAAGCCGUGCCUAAUUACCCCAUUUUUCUUCCUCGCAUUGUGUCUGCUGUGCACAAGAUUUAUCUUGGGGGGGUAGGGCGUCCUUAAGAAUCGCCGGAUUAACCAAAUACAGACCUGUAUAAAACAUCUAGUUGAAACAAAUGAAACCAUUACAAUGCAGGGCCCACCAGAGUAGCAAUGACUUUCGUAGGAUGCCUAGCUUCUUGUAACUUCAAUCUUUGCCGUUUUGUUUCCUCCUUUUCGCUCUCUCUAGUCAAAAGCAUCCAGGAUUGCGAAGAGUUUGCUGGGACGGCUCGGGGCUGUGUAAUAUAAUUGUAUAAGAGAAAUACCUUCUAUACACCCUUCCCCGCCCGCCCACCUCCCUCACUUCGACCCUCCCCUCCCUUCCCCCCCCUUUUUUUCUUUUUGUACUUUUAGAUAGAGAUAUCUACUUUGUUCAGAAGUCCUGGGAUUUGACACGAAGCAAUGAGAGGUCUUCACAAUGGCUUCUAUUAUUUUAAAGACCUAAUUGGAGGAACAGAUGCUGGACACAUGACUUAUGAUUGUUAGGGGGGUUGUUUUUUUUGUUCUUUUUUGCUUUUUAAAUUAAAAAGAAAUCAAGAGGAAUUUGCAAAGUAUCUGCCUUUCUGAGUAAAAACACAGUUCUGCUGCCCCUAGAUACAUCUUGACCUUGACUGAAGAAGGAGAAACACUUGUCUGCCGUAGUUCAGGUUGAGGGGGGCUGGUCUCGUCUUCCCCCUUGCCUCUCCUGAAGGUGGGGGAGAUGGGAGGGGGUGGGAUUUGAAAUUAUUCACUGCAAUUUUUGUUCUCUUUCUCCUCUAAUGGCUAAUUGGAUAAUAGUAUCUGUAUAUUUGAAAUAAUUUUUUUCCUAUGAUAUAUAUCUCUCAACUCAUAUGUUUUUAAUAAAAACUGGUUUUCCUGACA